UUAUGGAAAAGUUUGAGUAUUUAAACGAGGUUCAAGUCGCAGCAGCGAAGCUGAUUCAGAGCUAUGGCGUUAUAGCUAUGGUCACCUUGUUCUUAAGCUGGACCGGGUCCUUCGCUGCAGUUCUUCUGAUGAUAUUGGAUCGAACUAAAUGGAAGUCAACCAAUAUGUGGACUUCACUAUUAGCUCCUUACCUCUUCUUUAGCCUUCCUCUUGUUAUUUUCCAGUUCUUGAGGACGGAGUUUGCGAAAUGGAUCGCUCUCCUCACAGUCGUACUCAGGCUUUUCCUCCCAAACCGUUUUCCUGAGUCACUAGAGAUUCCGGGUACAACAAUUCUUCUUAUUGUGACUGCGCCGAGUUUCUUUGUGAAAACAUUCAGAGACGACUUGAGCAAUCCGGGAAAUUUCUGUCUUCUCACGAGCUGUUACCUUCUUGACAAACACACUAAAGCUUGUGGUGGUUACAAAAACUCAUUCACUCAAAGGGACAACAUCACUUGCACAAUUUGUCUUUAUCUUCUCUUUGUCUACCCUAUUUGGUGCUCACUUUCUUGCCUCUUC